ACCGCUGAAGACAAAAAUGGACGACACAGUAAACAAUCACUUUAGUCAAGACAUUAACCAUUUGAGUCACAACAACGACAAUCAUAUCCUUGAUAUUUAUAGCGAUGUCUUCAUUGAAUACGAAUUAAUGCGAGAGUUUUUAUUAUACCGAAAGCAAAACAUUUCACACAUCUAUUUAGUUCCGGCCAACUCUUCACCAUUUGUAUGGUUUGGUGUGAUGUUUGUCCACAAAGGCAUAUAUCGGGGAUUAGUCUUGCGAUUUGAAGUAGUCAUCCCUAACACAUACCCCAACUGCCAAAUACCGAAGAUAAUCUUCGAGACGAUACCAUUUCAUCCAUUAAUCGAUGCAAUAAGUGGUGAAUUGAAUACAAGUCUUAAGUUCACUGAUUGGAAGUCAUCGGUGAACAACAUUUGGCAAAUCAUUGAUUACGCAAAACAAGUAUUUAUUUCAAUGGAUUUCAUGCAAAGUCUUGAAGACAACACAUUAAGUAGUAGUGAUUUGUUUAACAAAAAGGCCAUCGAUUUGUAUAAAAAAGAUAACAAAGAAUUUCAUAUAAAAGUUACUCAAACCAUACACGAGUCAAAUGAAUUGAUAAAUAAAUGCAAUACAAAUGACACGAAUGCAAUCAUUUUCGGUCCAUUUAAUGAUGAUAUUCAUCAAGAGUUGCACAAAAAAUUGUUGUCAGGUAUUGAUGUGAUCGAAGAAAAUCUAAUCGCAGACCCGACACACCCGUCCGUUACCGGCCUAUCGUGGGUUCAAAGAGAUUAUUAAUAUGCUAUCAAAGCUCAACGUUUAAAUGGGUGGCUAACUAUUUAUUUACUCAUUUAUAUACACUAUAUAUUUUAAUAUUUAGUAUUAUCAUUUGUAUU